CUUGGCGACGGGAAGGCAUUAUCAACAAUGGAGGAUCGAUCACUGGGGAGUUAUCUGGAGGAAUAUUGACGAUGAUUAAGUAGUAAAGAUACUGACUGGCCGAGAAAUCAUGAACAGGAGUACACGGGACAGCCUGUUGCAGGUGAUGAAAAAACCCGAAGAUAAACGGAAGGAUUCGGAACUGAGCGCAGUGCUGCCGGUUCUAACAUGGAAAGUUCGCUGUUUACGAGGACUUGACAAGGGUAAAGUCAUGGAGAUCUUACGAGUUUGCUAUUACCGGAAGUGCCAUCGGGAUUAUGUCAUCAGGAAGCAGGGAAAGCCCUGGCAGAGACUUUAUAUCGUCAUGCGCGGGAGCCUAACAAUAUAUUUCAAUGACGAGGGAGUGGGUGGUACACCGGAACCGGAAGUCGAUGUCAAAGAAGAGGAGUCCUGCCCGAGCAUUCCGACCUUUCCUCCAAUAUUUGGGUUCGCUUCAAAGACGAAGAAAACAGUUCGCUUCAAAGACGAAUCGAAGGAUUACGUUUUAGAUCGAAGGAAGCUAGGGAGAAGUGUAGCAACAUUAGAGGGCCUGCAGUCCUUCGGCCAGUUGUCGUUCCUGUCAGGUGAUUUCGCAGCAGAGGGCACUGUUGUAGCGGAUGAGAAAACGGAACUGAUGGUCAUACCUGGCAAAAAGGUUCUUGAAAGAGUACAGGUUUACGAGAAAAGAGAAUUGGAUCAAAAGAAACUUUUUGUGAGAACUCACUCAUUUUUCUCCAAAUCGUCUGAAGCACAUCAAGAGCUAAUCAUCGCUGCCCUGACCAGGAGUUACUGCCCUUUAGGGUGUACCAUUGUAAGACAGGGAUCUCCCGUUGUUGGUCUGCAUUUUCUCAUACGGGGCCGUGCCCGUUUGUCGACGACAUCUUCAAAACACCGAAAGCAAUAUCCAGAUAUCUUCAUUAACUACGAUGAAUUUCGAAAUUCGCCUGAUCCCAGAGAUGAUUUGAUUGUACGCCUGCCUUCUAUAAACAUGCGGGAACGAAACACGAUGGCUCCCCACGCCUACGUGCGACGUACUGCCGGGUACGCCGCGGCGGAGAAAUUAGUCUUCGACCGAAACAUCGAGCUGUGCUUUGUUGAAGAAGGUGAGAUUUGUGGUGAUACCGAGGUAUUGUUGGGAUUAGAUACACAUAUUUUCACCGUAACAGCAUCGACGCCGUGCGAAUUGUACACGUUAAGCCUGAAAUGUUACGAAAAUCAUAUCCUCAAGAAAAAUUCACAAACCAUCAACCUCAUAAAAAUGGUGGUAGAAACUAAGCUCCUGGGUCGGAAAUCCACCAUCCCCGGAAACAAGAUCGAACUUCUGCCGUUAUUGUUGUAUCGCCUGCGAUUCAUUCGUCAAAUUCACAUGGACAUGGCGGGAGAAACGAACGAAACCGGAACUGAAAUAAAUAUUCAGCGCCACGGAUCUUAUGAGAGUCCACAUGAUAAGGAUGCAAGGCAAAAAACUGUCAAAAAUAUGCAUUCGCUUGAAAACAGGGGAAGUGAAGGAAUGAUCGUCGACUGGUAUAAAAGAAACAAAGCUCCUCUUCUGAGACCAGUAACAGAGGGUGCUGUAUACUACAAAGAAAUGAUGCAAAAGCGCUCCAAAAUGAGGGAGGAAAUGAGAAAAAAAUACCCCAACGAUUCAGCUGUAUGUCAGGUUAUCCGCAAGCGCGUGAAGGAUGCCAUACUGGCCAGUAUCAAGGAUGGAUUCAGAGCAGAUAACAUGGUUAGAAAGGUUCGGCUUCAACUAUCAAACGGGAGGGCAUGGACAAAGUGGAAGUGAGGAAUAGCGGCUAUCCAAGGACCCAACGAUGAUAAAAUCGAAAUGAAAAUAAUGAAACAUGUUUAAAAGAAGAAACUUAACAAUGAGUGGAUUGGGGGAAAAAUCAAAAUUAUUAUAACCAUUUGAAAAUUUUCAAAUAUAACAAAUUAAAAGAAUCUUGUAGCAUCUCGUAUUAUGAAUUGUUUGUCGUGUAUAUAAAAAUAAUGGGAAUAAUUUAAUA